UCGGGCAGUAGCGAUAUUAUUGAAAAAGCAUUGGUGAUGGUUAGGGAGACAAGCGACCUGGAGAUCGACCAUGGCAUCCUUCGCCCUGCUCCACUCCUCUCCGCCUCCUUUUUAUUCUCUGCGCCACGGCACCAUGAACCUUCCUAGGGUUUUGAUUUCUCUCCACGGCGGCGACGGCGGCAGUAUCGGCGGACUCUGUCGUGGAUCUCCCAACCCUGGAACCACCCGCUCCGAAGAAAUAGGAACUUGCAGGGCUAGUCAAGCUGUUGACUUGUUUCCAUCUGUGUGGCCUGAAGUUACCAUUCGAGAUGCACGACUGGAUGACUGUUGGGAAGUGGCGGAUACCCAUUGUAGCUGCUUUUUCCCAGAGUAUUCAUUCCCCUUGGAUCUUGUUCUGAGGAUUGAUCGGUUUGUGGGGUUGCUUUCUGGGUUCUCAGUUCCUCCAGGUUGUAUGAGAACAUGUCUUGUUGCCGUCACUGGUAGUCCAGUCAACGAUGACCUGUACAUUGGGUGUGAGGGUCUUAAAUUUGGCAGUUUUGAAGGAAAAUUCAGCAUUAACAGAAGAUCUGUAGCUGGAAUUCUUACAGUCGAUACAGUAGCUGAUUUCCUUCCUAGAAAAGGUCUGCUUCGACAAAGAAGAACUGGAAUAGCAUACAUUUCAAAUGUUGCCGUCCGGCAAGGAAAUCGGAGGAGAGGAAUUGCUAAGAUGCUUGUUGCAAAGGCAGAGGCCCGAGCCAGGAGUUGGGGUUGCCGGUCCAUGGCACUGCAUUGCGACAUAAACAAUUCGGCUGCUAUAAGAUUAUACAAAGGGCAAGGUUUCAAAUGCAUCAAAGUGCCAGAGAAUGCAAAAUGGCCCGAACCAAAGACUUCUCCAACCCUCCAAUUCAACUUCAUGAUGAAACUUCUAAACCCUACCACGAGCCCUUGAUCAGAGAUACUCAAAACUCCCGGAGUCAAGGCUCUGAACUACGCCCAUGUUACAAGUUCAACCAAAGACUUCUCCAACCCUCCAAAGACUUCUCCAACACACGGUGUAUACUUUCAUUGUCGCUAACAAAUUCAACCAAAUGUUACAAGUAUUUAUUCCUUGAGUAGGAUUGAGUGAUUAAAGUGUUUCAUCGUGUUGAAUUGGGAUAGAAAUGAAGUUAAUUAUUACACCAUUAGGGUCGAAUUAAUUGAAAGGUUGUAAAAUCA